AUGAAUCUUGCCCUGGUCGAUCCGUUCGUGCUGGCGCAGGACAUGCCAGAGACACUCAUCGCCCGUCUGCGCAGUUCUGGUGCCGCCGUCUGUCUACGCUUCAACCGACAAGGAGAUCUGCUCGCUUCAGGCACCGCAAAGGGCGCAAUUGCCAUCUUCGAUCUCGAGACGCAUGGCGUCGCUCGCAAGCUCCGUGGCCACACUCCUGGCCGUCAGGUCCAAUCGCUCAGCUGGUCGGCUUGCGGUCGCUACCUGCUCAGCUCGUCGGUCGACUGGAAGGCCAUUCUAUGGGACUUGAACGACGGCUCGCGUGUCCGUACCGUCAAUCUUGGAGCUCCCAUCUACAUUGCCGAACUCCAUCCGCACAAUCACCUCCUCUGCACUGCCGCCCUCUACGAAGCCCAGCCUGUCCUGGCCUCCCUCGACCACCCUUCGACUAUCAGAAACUCUUUACCCUCAGCCCCAAAGCGGUCUGCCUACGAGCAGGACGACAAGCAAGCUGCUCAAGAUGCAAAGAAUGGCACAACCGUCACCGUCUUCACCCCUUCCGGUAACCACAUCAUCACGGGCACCACAAAGGGCUGGCUCAACAUCAUCAAAGCAAGCACGUGCUCCGUCAUCUACUCCAUCCGCCUCAGCAACAAAGCUCUACUCCUCAUCCGCCUCACUACCUCUGGCCGCGAUUUACUGGUCAACGCCGCCGACAGCAUCAUCCGUACCAUCCAUCUGCCCGACCUUGACGACUCGUCUUUCGACCCCGACAACAUGCGUCUUGAGAUCGAACACAAGUUCCAGGACGUCGUCAACCGCCUGUCUUGGAACCACGUUGCUUUCAGUCCUUCGGGCGACUUUGUCAUGGCUUCAACCCUCAUGAACCACGACAUAUACAUCUGGGAGCGCGGCCACGGCAGUUUGGUCAAGAUUCUGGAGGGUCCCAAGGAAGAGCUAGGAGCCGUUGAGUGGCAUCCCCAAAGACCAUUUGUUGCUGCCACUGGCGUGGAAUCUGGUCGGAUCUAUCUGUGGUCGGUUAACACACCGCAACGCUGGUCCGCACUCGCUCCUGAUUUUGUCGAGGUCGAAGAGAACAUCGAAUACAUCGAGGCUGAGGAUGAAUUCGACAUACACCCUAUUGAAGAGCUACACAAGAGACGCCUGGACCUCGAAGACGAACAUGUUGAUGUAUUGACUGUCGACCCCGCCAAACCAGGCCAGGUAAAGCACGAGUUUCGCAUGCCCGUCCUGCUGGACAUUCACGCCAGUGAUAGUGAGGACGAAAUGGUCGCCAUCGGAGCGGGUCAGUACCGUCGCAAGAGUCAAGGGCCUGAGUCCGAGUUUCUUGAAGAUGAAGGAGAGACCAUGCCAGCGAACAGCCAAACCAAGCGACGCAGAGCAGAUUGA